AUAAUAAUAAUUCAGAUGUGCCCCUUUUUUAUUUUUUUAUUUUUUGUUCUGCAACCGUGUUAAAUCCUCUUGGCGUCCACUUUUUAACUCAAAGUCAAACCCACAUGCAUGCACACCAUAUCAAGUUAUGCAUUCCCCUCAAUGGUGCAUCAUAGUUUAAGAUGCACGCCAUUGGCCACAUACUCAUUGUUAAUUCGGGGGGAGAGCUAUUUUUAGCUGUCGUGCAAGAUUAUAUAUGAUCCCUCUCUUACGGUUUUCCUGUUAAUUCUUUGCCGGAACUGAGCACUUGACUCUGCAAUAAAAUCUAUGAGGGGAAGAGCUGCGGGAGAGACCAAAUUGUUGCUAUAUCGAACCAUCCGCCGGUGCUGAGCUAUUUUUAGCGGGGAACUACAUCAGCUCUGAAUGCAGACUGUGAGGGGAGAUCACCAGCGCGGUUUUCUGCUGUCUUCACUGACAUUUCACUAAAGCGAGUUAGAGCAGGAAAAGCACACACAGGUGCGAGAGAAGGCGAAAAAGUAAACCGGGAAAAAUAGUGUCAAAUGGUCAACCUGUCUCACGGUGAGCUGUUUUGAUUAUCAUCUUAGAGCGCGUGCUAUGAGUCCUGUUGCAGCGCAGGAUCACCGGUAACCCUGUGUGAGGCACAGCAGGUGGUCCGAGGGGAAGGAGAGAGGGAGGGAGGGAGAGAGAGACAACGAGAGAGAGGGAGACAGGGAGAGAGGCGGGCAGCAUAUUGGUCGGGCUACUUUCCUGACGACACACCAACAAUCGUCAACCUGUGGAUGCGGCGCGCGCGGUGCUCUGUUCCCUCCGCAGCCACCCUCUCCCCCCCGACACCGAGCCCGACCCUAGGCCACCCAGGACGCAUGCAGUGGGAGAGGGUGCCGGUUCGACUGCCGAACGGGCGCGAGGAAUCGAAACUUUGAGGGGGCCGUGUGCCAUCACCCGCUUCAUGAAUGGCCCGAACAUGGAGGAGGUGCAAUUCGAAAGAGUCAAGACCCGGCGCAGGAAGGGUCACUGCCCAGCUGGUGCCCCCCUGGGCGCCAUAAGCUGCGAGGACGAGUUCAACAGCCAGGAGCUUGAGGCUCUCUUCCAGAACUACAACCUGAAGCUCGAGCAGACCGCCACCCUCAAAGCGCUGGCAGUGCUCAUCGUCGCCGCGUCUUCGCUGUCGCUGGUGGAGCUGCUGUCCAGUCCGCGUCUCACCUUGUCCAAGGGCUCCUACCCGGUGCAUUGCGUGGUGUUCCUGUCGCUCUUCAUCGUCACCAACGUCAAAUACCUGCAGGUGACGCAACUGCAGCAAAUAGCCAAGCUGGCCCUGCUGUUCAGCUUCACCUUUGCGCUGCUCUGCUGUCCGUUCCCGCUGGCGCUCGGCACGUCGGAGCUACUGAGCGCCGCUGCCCCUGAGCAAGGCGUGUGGCAGCUCAUGCUGGUCACCCUCGUGGCUUACGUGCUGCUGCCGGUGCGGACGCUGCUGGCCGUUGUGUUCGGCCUGAUGCUGGCUACGUCUCACUUCAUUGUCAUCGCGACGUCGUUCACGGGAAGGAAGCAGAAGCUGUGGAGACCGCUGGUGGCCAACGCCGUGCUGUUCAUCAGCGUCAACUUGUCUGGGGUGUUUGUGAGAAUUCUCACCGAGCGCACCCAGAGAAAAGUCUUUCUGCAAGCCCGCAACUGCAUUGAGGAGAGGCUGAAACUGGAGGAUGAGAAUGAGAAGCAGGAACGUCUGCUAAUGAGCUUACUGCCCAGGAAUGUUGCCAUGGAGAUGAAGGAGGACUUCCUGAAGCCGCCUGAACGGAUCUUUCACAAGAUCUACAUCCAACGCCACGACAAUGUCAGCAUCCUGUUUGCAGACAUUGUGGGUUUUACCAGCUUGGCCUCCCAGUGCACUGCUCAGGAACUGGUCAAACUGCUCAACGAACUAUUUGGGAAGUUUGACGAGCUGGCUACAGAGAAUCACUGCAGGCGGAUUAAGAUCCUGGGGGACUGUUACUACUGCGUGUCAGGCCUGACCCAACCCAAGGCGGACCAUGCCCACUGCUGUGUGGAGAUGGGUCUGGAUAUGAUUGACACAAUUGCGUCGGUGGUGGAGGCGACAGAAGUGGAUCUGAACAUGCGCGUUGGCCUGCACACCGGACGGGUGCUGUGUGGCGUUCUGGGCCUCAGGAAAUGGCAGUAUGACGUCUGGUCAAAUGAUGUCACACUGGCAAAUGUGAUGGAGGCCGGAGGGCUGCCUGGCAAAGUGCACAUCACUAGGACCACCCUGGAGUGUUUGAAUGGAGACUACGAGGUGGAGCCGGGCCUCGGCCACGAGAGACAUGCCUUCCUUCAGAAACAUGACAUAGAGACGUUUUUCAUCGUGCCAUCACACAGACGCAAAAUCUUUCCCGGUCUAAUUCUGUCCGACAUCAAACCAGCCAAGAGGAUGAAGUUCAAGACUGUGUGCUACCUGCUGGUGCAGCUCAUGCACUGCAGGAAAAUGUUCAAGGCCGAGAUCCCCUUCUCCAACGCCAUGACCUGCGACGAUGACGACAAGCGGAGGGCCAUGCGGACCGCGCCGGAGAAGCUGAUGAGCCGGACGUCCUUCUCGGCCGCGGCCGUGCAGAACUCCCCGGGAACACGAGUCAACCGCUACAUCGGGCGGCUCAUCGAAGCUCGGCAGACUGAGUCCGAGACAACGGACCUCAACUACAUCACCCUGUUCUACAGGAGCAGAGACAGGGAGCGCAGUUACCACCAGGUGUACGACGACCAUUUCAUCGGUGCGGUGGUUCUUUCCCUGAUCCUCGCUGCCCUGUUUGGCCUUAUCUAUCUGCUCAUGAUCCCACAGGGGAUGCUGGUGCUGUCGCUGCUGUUGCUCUGUGUGUGUUUCCACGUGGCCUGUGUCAUGUACCUGCAACUCACCAGCGUUCAGUGCCAACCGAGCUGCCUCACCAUCCAGAUCAGAACCGUGCUGUUUGUCUUCCUCGUUUUGCUCACCUACUCUGUUACCCAAGCCUGUGUGGUGGGCUGUGUUCCCUGGGGGAGGGUGGGUAUAAACCCCAGCCUCUCGGGGGAGGACGUCCCCGCAGACAUCAACAGCACGGUGGCAGACCGAGCUUGUACCAACAUGGCGUACUCCCUGCUGUCCUGCGUGGCCGCCUCUCUUACUCUGGUCCCCUACCUCAGAAUCUCCUCGCUGCCCAAGAUCUUCCUGCUCCUCCUCCUCUCUGUCACCUACACCGUCGUCAUGGAGACCAGCGGCUAUCGCCAGGCCGUGGGAGGAGGGUUUCUCCACUCACGGGGUUAUGACCCUGUCUUGGCUACCUUGCUGUUUUCUGGAGCUCUUGCGUUGCAUUCCAGACAGCUGGACUUGAAGCUGCGGCUGGACUAUCUGUGGGCAACUCGGGCGGAGGAGGAGAGAGGCGAAAUGGAGAAGGUGAAGCUGGACAACAAGAGGAUCCUGUUUAACCUGUUGCCGGCUCAUGUGGCUCAGCACUUCCUCAUGUCAAACCCCAGGAACAUGGACUUGUACUACCAGUCCUACGCUCAGGUCGGUGUGCUGUUUGCCUCCAUCGCCAACUUCAACGACUUCUACAUCGAGCUAGACGGGAACAACAUGGGGGUCGAGUGCCUCAGGCUGCUCAACGAGAUCAUCGCUGACUUUGAUGAGUUGAUGGACAAAGACUGCUACAGAGAUAUUGAGAAGAUCAAGACUAUUGGGAGUACAUACAUGGCUGCAGUGGGGCUGGUUCCUACAACUGCCUCCAAGGCUAAGAAGUCCAUCACCUCACAUUUAUGCACAGUGUCAAAUUUUGCCAUCGACAUGUUUGACGUACUGGAUGCCAUCAACUACCAGUCUUACAAUGACUUUGUCCUGAGAGUAGGUAUCAAUGUGGGACCAGUGGUGGCAGGAGUGAUUGGAGCCAGAAGACCUCAGUAUGACAUCUGGGGGAACACAGUGAAUGUAGCCAGCAGGAUGGACAGCACUGGGGUACAAGGAAAGAUACAGGUCACAGAAGACGUCCAUCGCCUCAUCACAGACUACUACGACUUUGUCUGCCGAGGCCAGGUCAGUGUGAAGGGCAAAGGCCAGAUGCUCACAUACUUCCUGGAAUGGCGCAGGCCAGGCAGCAGGCUGUCUCAAAUUCAGCACCAGUCCGGAAACGCCGAGCGACGACCCAGCACUUUCACCCAGGGCAGCGUGUGCACCAGGUUAAGCCCCGCCCCCACCGUGACCACCUAUGCCACCAGCAGGACCCCGAGCCCGAGUGUGGUCAAACCAACCACCUCCACAAGCACCACCAGGUACCUGCCCACUGUACCCAUUGCAACAGUGUGACGGAUGCUGUCUUCGUGGUUAUUGUGGACAUUGAGGGUGGAGUUUGGGAGGUAGCGUGGAUGGCAACAAGACAGCAGCAGCAGAAAGCCGACCUCCGCUCUUCUUCUCCUGUACGAGGACACUGAUCGUCCGAGAGGAGGCGUGGACUCCCAGGCAGGGGGGCCCUCAAUGGUACUCGCCCUCCACACUGGAGGCCCGUUUGUUGUUUCACGCUGCAGGGUGUAUUGAACAGGAUGCUUUAGCUACGUUGCUCUGUAACCAAGGUAACCAACGUUUAUUGACCACAAAUAACUAAAUCAAAAUAAAAACAAUAGCACAAUUGAUAGUGUAGCAUGCAACAACCACAUCCAGAAAUUCCUUUAACAACCUGAGGUGACCCUUUCAUCUCAGGAUAAAACCAAAUCAGUGAUGUUGCCUUAGCAACCACUCUUCACACUGAGUUUUCUUGCCAUCUUUUCCUUGCCUUUUAGAUUCUUUAUUGAUUCAUUGGAAUUCAGAUAACUUAACUUACAUUGUCGUUCAAACGAUUUAUGUUUUUACAGUGGAUAAAGCCAAAUGUAUAAUUGUAACUGGCAGUUAACGGUAAAAACUUGCCAAAAUAUGACAGGAUAUUGCCUUUACUCAUCACCUGGACGCCCUCCAAACCAACGGCACAUGAGGUUAUCUCUUGAAUCCCUGAGCCGAACCGCUCAGUGUCUUUAAGUGCAUGAUGCCACAACUGCAUUUCAGUCUUGUUCGCUGUCUGUUUCCCUGUGACAACCGGCUUCCGGGUUCUUCCUCGUCAAAGUGUAGCAAUAAAGCGGUUCGUCUUCAAUCUCAGCCCCUUGCAUGUAACCAGCUGGACCCUUUUUUGACCUGAUAGUGUAUGUAGCCAAUAGAGUGUGCACAGCUCGCCACACCAUUCUGUAUCUCAGUGGAGUUGAAGCAUGACUUGAAAAACUUAUUUUUUGUAAUUGUGAGAGUGUGAUUCCUUCUUUGCGGGAUUCUAUUAUUUAAAAAAGAGGUUUUUUUCUGUUUUACUAUAUAAUGAACUAAAAGCUGCUUUGGUCAGUAGAAGUAAAUUGCUGUUCACGAGGAGACACACAAAACCUCCAUGUGUAAUUUAUUCACACAAAAUCGGACGGUUUAUUUGAUGGUAUAGCAUGCUACUCACAGUACGGCUUACCACAGCCACUAACUCCUCUAAUCUGUUCUAGCAUGCACUGCCUGCACGCCUGUGGCUCCGACACGCAUGCUUAGAUGAAACAUUCAUACAGGCCCAGCAGUGACACAGUGGCUCUAUUUCAAUGUAGUCCCCAUGCAUGCGCUAACGGUAGCGGUCCUCUUGAAUGUAAGGUGCUUUUUUGACCCGUGUCUUCUUCAUGAACUUGGCGUGUGAACCUUUGAGGACUUUUUCAGGGCGGUUUGACAUCAGGCCGGGGGUCCCUCGUCCUCCUCCCAGCUCCUGCUGUAGUAAACAGGUAGCAGGUUUACAGAUGUGCCAACCUAUUUUCAUAAACAUAUCAAAGUUGUUGGUGUUGAACUGUAGCAGAACUGAAUGUGUGGCUACGGUUAUUGUGGAUUUAUUUUUGUUGACGCCUGUAUUUUUGCUGUUUUGAGAUGUUCUUUAACAGUUUUGUAUCUCAAUGAUGAAACGACAGAAAGCGUGAAGAGAUUUAUUAAGACACCAUAACCUGACUGAAAUGAUGUAAUUGUACUUCUUAUCAUACUAAAAAGAGAUUUAAAGUCAAUAUGGUAGCUUGGAUGCUUACUUUGAGUUUCUAAGAGAUUUUUAUACACUUGCUUUCAACAGUUUGUGGAAAGUUGAUGGAAAUUAGUUUUUUCCUGUAAAUUGAAUAUUUUCAUACUGUAUGAUACGGGUUUCAAUUGUUACAUGUAGGUAUUACUUGCUAUUAUUGUACAUUGUAAAGUCUUUUUCAGAGAUAUAUAAUGAAUGAUCCGAUAUUCGUCAAGUUCUUUUGUUGAAGAUGUAUUUAUUGAGAUGUUUUAUGUGAAUGUAAAUUUUGUUAAAGAUGAUAUUUUAUACUAAGUGUUUGCACUGCGAGGAUAUGGACGUAUUAUGAUUAUAAAAAUAAAGCCAGCCAGGACAUGUCUCCUGGAGUUAAAUAAG